AUGGGGCCCGCAAACUUUCGGGGUUUCCCAGGGGAUGAGAAUAACCCUGGAGCAAAUUUGGCAAACAUUGGGAGAAUCCACACAGGUGACUGGCCCCAUGAAUGCUGUGAGUGUGGGAAAACCUUCAGUCGUAGAUCAGCCCUUUCUAAACAUCAGAGAAUCCACACAGGGGACAGGCCCUACGAAUGCCGUGAGUGUGGGAAAACCUUCAAUAGCAGAUCACACCUUUCUGUUCAUCAGAGAAUCCACACAGGGGAGAGGCCCUACGAAUGCAAUGAGUGUGGGAAAAGCUUCAAUCACAGAUCAGCCCUUUCUAAACAUCAGAGAAUCCACACGGGGGAAAGGCCCUAUGAAUGCACUGAGUGUGGGAAAAGCUUCACUCAAAGAUCAGUCCUUUCUAGACAUCAGAGCGUCCACACAGGGGACAGGCCCUAUGAAUGCCGUGAGUGUGGGAAAAGCUUUAGUCAGCGCUCACACAUUAUCGCACAUCAGAGAAUCCACACAGGGGACAGGCCCUACGAAUGCCGUGAGUGUGGGAAAACCUUCAAUCGCAGAUCAGACCUUUCGAAACAUCAGAGAAUCCAC